AUGCAAAGAAGAAAAUUGUUCGAAGCGGGUAAAAAAAGAAUCAAAUCGAGUGCUUUACUUAAAUUUAGUGGACCCAAUAGAGAUAACGGUUUAGUGGAACCCUUAGAUAAUAUUCCAUCUGAAAAAGAGCUUCGUGAGAAGAUGAGUAAUUUUUUGGUAAAAUUAAACGAAGUUGAUGUAAAAAAACUAGAAUUUUCUACAAGGGAUCAACACCACAACCAAGAUUGGUACAUAGAAAGAAAAAAAAGACUUACUGCAUCAAAUUUUGGAGAUAUUUGUAAAAUGCGUGUCAAUACAAUAAUUAAAUAUGACCAUGACUUUUGGAUUACAAAAAUGGAGGAAAAAUUAAAUAUAUUUUACUUGGAGUGUCUUUUGCCUGAAAUAGUUUGUCCUUUGUAUGGAAAACGUUUAGAACUAACGGACAUAAGAGAGCCAGAACACAUACAAGAAGCAAUAAUAAUAAUUAACCCUUCCUAG